GUAACCCCCACUUUCUUCUCAUUUAUUACAUCUUUACUCACCCUCAACCUAUACUCUUCAAACACUCUCUCCAGUUGUUGAAAGAUUGAGCCUUUUCAAGUAAAGAAUCAAUGGCAUUGUUUCUUCUCUUUCUCCUAGCCUUCUCUGCUGUUUCUGCUGACGAAGAUGCUUUCAUUGGCGUAAAUAUUGGAACAGACCUUUCAGACAUGCCACACCCAACUCAGGUUGUAGCCUUGCUGAAAGGCCAGCAGAUUCGACAUGUACGUCUCUACAAUGCAGACCGUGGCAUGCUUCUCGCGCUUGCUAAUACAGGCAUCAAAGUUGCGGUUUCAGUUCCAAACGAACAGCUCUUAGGAAUUGGACAAUCCAAUUCAACAGCUGCUAACUGGGUUGCCCAAAAUGUCGUAGCACAUUACCCAGCCACUAACAUCACAACCAUUUGUGUUGGUUCUGAGGUACUAACUGCCCUCCCUAAUGCAGCCCGGAUAUUAGUCACUGCCCUUAAGUUCAUCCAUUCAGCCCUUGUGGCAUCUAAUCUUGACAGGCAAAUCAAAGUUUCAACACCGCUUUCUUCAACAAUUAUCCUCGACUCAUUCCCCCCUUCACAAGCUUUCUUCAAUCACUCUUGGAACCCAGUUUUGGUUCCCUUGCUCAGUUUCCUGCAGUCAUCGGGUUCAUAUUUAAUGCUUAACUUAUACCCUUACUAUGACUACAUGAAUUCAAAUGGUGUUAUUCCACUUGAUUAUGCACUCUUUCAACCUCUUCCUGCAAAUAAAGAAGCAGUUGACGCCAACACACUUGUCCAUUACUCCAACGUAUUUGAUGCUAUGGUUGAUGCUGCUUACUUCGCCAUGUCUUUUCUAAACUUCACCAAUAUUCCUGUUAUGGUAACUGAAUCAGGAUGGCCAUCUAAAGGUGACUCCAAUGAGCCAGAUGCAACUUUAGAAAACGCAAACACUUACAACAGCAAUUUAAUAAGGCAUGUACUAGACCCAAACAAAACUGGAACUCCCAAACACCCUGGUAUUGCAGUUAGUACAUACAUUUACGAGCUAUAUAAUGAAGACACAAAAUCCGGGCCACUGUCAGAGAAGAACUGGGGAUUGUUUAAUAAUAAUGGGCUGCCAAUAUAUACCCUACAAUUAAUAGGGUCAGGACCAGUUUUUGCAAAUGAUACUGCGAAUCAGACAUUCUGUACUGCAAAGGAAGGUGCAGAUUCAAAAAUGCUGCAGGCUGCUUUGGAUUGGGCUUGUGGACCAGGCAAAGUAGAUUGUGCACCAUUGUUGCAGGGACAAUCUUGUUAUGAUCCUGACAAUGUCGCUGCACAUGCAACAUAUGCUUUUGACGCAUACUAUCAUCUGAUGGAAAAGGCUCCUGGCAGUUGUGACUUCAAUGGAGUAGCUGCGAUAACUACAACUGAUCCAAGUCACGGUUCUUGUACGUUUGCUAUCAGUGGCAAUAAUGGGACUUCUCUAAACAGCACGGCCUCGGCUACAGAUUCAAAGGCCUCAGGUUCGCCUGCUUGCAUCAUGUAUGCUGGUACCUACUUUGGUGGCAUUUUAGUAAUGGAAGUGUUAGUCUGGCUUGUGGUGAUAUUGUAGUAUAUAAGUAGGAGAAGAGAAGUGGUUUGCGCCUUGUGGUGUGAUCCUUCCAUAAGAAGAUUUAGCUUCUUGAAGGUGAUCCUCUAAUUUUCAUAGAAAGGGGAGUUAGAAAUUCCUAGGAUGUCUUUUUAGUGUGUAUCAAGGAAUUGAUCUUUGACUGAAAUUCAUAUUAUUCUAUUUAUUGGCUUCAUUUUUCUA